AUGGCUCCCGACAUUGAACACUGCGAAACGCAGCGCCUGAAUGAGGAGCAAGCUGUACCUGUGCACCAUGGCAGGAGGAUCCUACCGAACGGCCAGCUGCCGGCCAGUGCCUGGGUCGAGACUGAGGACGAGCGGCCCGGAGACAACACCAGCAGCCCCGGCGAGAACAAGCGCCUGCUCCCCUCCGGCCCGCCGGCCAAGCACAAGUCCAGGCUGCAGGCCGGCCUCACGCUGGGAGUGCAUCCUCCCGUCAAGUACAAGUACCCUCCAACCACCAAAUCCCAGAAAACUUUUCUGAAGACCAAGUCUGAUAAGAAGUCUGAAAGGAAGGCAAAUCUCAUAGCUUUAUUGAAGCCGCCGUACUUCAUAGUCUCCAUGAUAAUUGUAAAUGUAUUGAUUCACGAAUCGAUCAAGGAUGCUGACGUGCGCGCCUUGCUGCAGUGGAACCCGGACUCGUGGUGGCGCGAGCCCUGGCGACUAGUCACCUACGGCUGCGUGCACGCCAGCCACCUGCACCUUGCACUCAACUCGCUCGUCGCGCUGGCUGUGGGCUGGCCGCUAGAGCGCGAGCAGGGCUGGUGGCGCGUGGUGGUACUGUGGGUGGGCGGGCUGGUGGCCGGCGCGCUGGGCGCUGGUCUGCUGCAGGACAGGGUACGCGUCGUCGGCGCCUCCGCUGCUGUGUAUGCGCUGCUUACUGCGCAUAUUUCUAAUGUGUGCCUUAGACACGGACACAUAUCGUUGUGGUGGUUCCGUCCACUGAGCGUGCUGGUGCUGGGUGCGUCGGAGGUGUGCUGGGCGCUGGUGCGCACGCCGGCGCCGGCGCGAGCGCCCCCACACGGCGAGCACAUGCACAGUCCCUACGAGUACGUCGCCUGGGCCGCACAUAUCCUCGGUGCAGUCGUCGGGGUGCCGCUCGCUUUCGUUGUGUUCACUGGUGAGAACAGUAGGAAAGCAUACGUGAUAGCGUGUCGUGUGAUAUCUGCCAUGGUACUGGUGGCGGGGGUGGUGGUGGCCACCGUCUGCUACGCGCAGGUCGCGGCCGCCGAGUACAAUGAAGAGGACAUGACCUGA